UCGUUUCGCGGUGUCUCCCGGAGCUCAGCCACGCUGCUGCUUUUCGGUGUCGGCCGUCGUUGUCGCGCGGGAAGUCGGUCUGGCCAUGGAGCCUCCGCAGGCCGCCGGCAUCAUCAUCCAGCCCAGUUCCUAUCAGUUUCCCAAGGCCGUAUCUCAGCCUUUGGCCAGGGAUUUUGUGGUCUGGUCGCUGUUCAGCUUUACCACCUGCAAUUGCUGCUGCCUUGGCUUACUCGCCCUCCUCUUCUCCAUCAAGUCAAGAGAUCGUAAAGUUGUUGGAGACCCUGAAGGUGCAGCAAACUAUGGCAAGACAGCCAGGUACCUGAAUAUUGCUGCAAUGACAGUAACCAUCAUAGUCUUCUUUAUUGUCAUCUUUAUAUUAAUCAGUAGUGCACUGUUCAUCAUUAACACAGUCGUUGAAAUAAUGAAGCUUCCAGAUGAAGUAGCUGAGGUCAAGGGGAAUUAAAUCAUAUGUCCAAGAUAGUAUUUUCAACAGUGUAUUCUAGUUUAGCAUUGGUUUAGCUUUCUUCUGCAUGUAUUAAGCAUACCAAUUAACAGCUUGGUUACACUUCUGGGGAUAUAAACAUUCACUAGAUCUAUAUCCUACUACUUCCAUACCACAACUGAUUGGAGUUUUGAAUUAUCAUCCAGUUUGAAAUAUUUAUUGAAAAGUCGACUAUUUAACUGAGCUGAUAUUUUCUUUAUCCGGUUUCUGCCUUCCUAAUCUUUGUUGCUCCUAGGAAUCAUCAAUUUUUGUUGUUGUUGUGUGUUUGUAUUUUGAUUAAUUUCUCACAGAAUAUAACAGUUUGUAUGUAUUUCAGUAUGUUUUCAAUAUCACAGCUUUCUAUAUUUCAAUGUGAAAUUGAGGUGAGUUCAAAACAAAU